AUGGCUGGCAUAACAAGCGAACCCCCCUCCGACCUGAACAAGUCCUCUGGUCAAGGAACCGCCCCACGACCGCUACGCAAAGGCCCUUUACCGCUAGAGCUUCCUAUCCUUCAGCACCUCAAAUCCAAGCGAGUGAUUCUCGCGUCUGCCUCGCCUCGCAGAAAGGCAUUGCUGCAGCAGUUUGGCCUCACAAACCUGGAAAUCAUCCCGUCCACGAAACCCGAAGAUCUCGACAAGGGUUCACUUGGGCCUUACGAAUAUGUAGCAGCGACUGCCCAUCAGAAGUGCAUGGAUGUCUACACCACUGCGCUCGAGAUUCAUCUGAAAUCUAUACCCGACCCCGAUCUUGUCAUCGCCGCAGAUACCGUUAUCGCCACCAAGGAUGGUCAAAUCCUUGAGAAGCCCCGAAGCGAAGCUGAUCACAUCCGCAUGCUAAAGCAUCUCCGCGACCAGCGAAUGCACAAGGUCCUAACAGCCAUUGUAGUUCUCGCCCCUAGAGAAGACGCGAGACAUCCGGGCUACAGUCUCGAAACAUACACAGAAGAAACCAAGGUCUACUUCCUAACUGAGGAUGAGGGUCUUCCUGACGAUGUGAUCGAAGCUUAUGUCAAGACCCGAGAGGGAGCGGACAAGGCGGGUGGCUAUGGUCUCCAGGGUAUUGGCGGUAUGUUGCUUGUUGAGAAGAUUGAAGGAAGCGUAGACAACGUCAUUGGACUACCAGUGAGAAAAUGCAUGGCUAUGGCGGAAAAGGUGAUAUUCAGACAAGAGGAGGAUUUUGAGGGCGAGGGAGACGAAGACGAUAUUUAA